GAUCUUCCAGAAAGCAGUCUACUGCUUUGUUCAUCUGAGCAUUCAGGAGUUUCUGGCUGCAGUCUACAUGUUCCACUGCUUCACCAGCAGGAACACACAGGUGGUGGAGAACUUCCUGGGAGAUAAAUACAGUGAAACAUCUCUGGAUAGGUUCCUGAAGAGAAUCAUGGAUAAAUCCCUCAGAAGUGAAAAUGGCCACCUGGACCUGUUUGCUCGCUUUCUUCAUGGCCUCUCUGUGGAGUCCAACCAGAGACUCUUAGGAGGCCUGCUGGGUCAGACAGAGAACAGUCCAGGAACCAUCCAGAGAGUCAUCAACAACCUGAAGGAGAUGAACACUUAUGAAAUCUCUCCUGACAGAAGCAUCAACAUCUUCCACUGUCUGAUGGAGAUGAAGGACCUCUCAGUUUAUCAGGAGAUCCAACAGUUCCUGAAAUCAGAGAACAGAUCAGAGGAGCUCUCAGAGAUCCAGUGCUCAGCUCUGGCCUACAUGCUGCAGAUGUCAGAGGAGGUUCUGGAUGAGUUGGACCUGGAGAAGUACAACACAUCAGAAUCAGGACGAUGGAGACUGGUUCCAGCUGUGAGGAACUGCAGAAAGGCUCGGUGA